AUGGCUAAAAUCAAACCGAUCAAUGAACCGAAUGUGGCUCCGAAUACUGCUACCAGAGCAUCAUCUUCAAAGAAUAAUAGUCGACCAAAAUCAUCCUCAGCAACCACAAAACCCGAAACUAAGGCUGCAAAGAACGAUGAGAAAGCCAAUUUACAAGUUGAAAAAUUGGAAAGUGGAGCAUUGAAUAGUAAUCCAUCUGCAUCAGCUGUUUCAGCUGGAAAUAUUCCUCAGGCAGCGUCGCCGACAGCAUUUAGUGAUACAAUGAGCGUCGUUUCGGGGAUUAAUGAUGGAGAUGAAACAGGAAUAAAAGUCGUUGUAAGAAUGAGACCAAUGAAUGAUAGAGAAACAAAGUUAAAAGCCCAAACGUGUGUCAGUAUGAACACCGAAUCCAAAGAGGUCUUGAUAAAACGAAAAGACAAGGACGAUAAAAAGUUUUUCUUUGAUGAUGUAUUUGAUGACAAAUCGACACAGCAAGAUGUCUUUAUGUCGACCGGAAAACGAGUGUUAGAUCGAUUUGUUUUAGGUUUUAAUGGUUGUAUAUUUGCAUAUGGACAAACAGGAAGUGGUAAGACAUGGACAAUGCAAGGAUUAAAAGGAGAGGCAGAAAAGGAAGGAAUUAUGACUCGUUUUGUUCGAGAGCUAUUCAACUAUGUCACCACAGCCCAAGAAAAAACUGACAUCACCAUUAAGGCAUCGUAUCUUGAAAUAUAUAAUGAGAAUAUUCUGGAUUUGUUAAAUCCUCAUAGCUCACGAGUUCAAUAUGAUAUUAGAGAAGACAAAGUUAAAGGCAUCUAUGUAAACAAUCUUAUUGAGAGGCCAAUAACAAACGAUGGAGAGCUGAAUGAUAUUUUAGAAGAAGGAGCAGGUAGAAGAACGGUCGGUGAAACCAAAAUGAAUGAAGUGUCUUCUCGUUCUCACUCAGUGUUGACCAUAUCUAUGGAACAAAUCGAUAAGGGUGAUGAUGACGGAUUUUCAUUAAGAACUAACAAAAUUGCAUUGGUUGAUUUGGCUGGAAGUGAAAGAGCUGGAGCGACGGAGGCAACUGGUGACAGAUUAAAAGAAGGUGCAAAGAUUAACAUGUCCCUGUCCAUGCUCGGAAACGUCAUUAAUGCGUUAGUCAAGAAAUCAAACUUUGUCCCUUAUAGAAAUUCCAAACUAACGAGAUUACUCAAAGAUUCAAUUGGAGGAAAUUCUUACACUUUGCUUGUCACUUGUGUAUCUCCUGCAGAUGUCAACGCAGAGGAAUCAUUAAGCACCUUAUAUUUUGCUGAUCGGGCCAAACAAAUCAAAAACAAGCUCAAGAUUUCAAGAGGAGAUCCACGAUUGGAAAAGAUUGCAGAAUUGUUAGAAUUGGAAAAGAAAUUAAGAGCUAGAAUUUUGGAAUUAGAGACAGAGCUUGCAAAAUAUACCAAUGUUCCUCCACCACAACCAGAAAUUGCAACAAAAGAAAUCAUUUCCAUCGAUAUGGAAACCAACACUGAAAUUGAAAUGAUGGAGAAACGAGCUUCUGCUCGCCUGAUAUCCAGAUUUGCAGUGAAAUCUAUUCAAACAGAUCCUUUGCCGGAACCGAAAAAAGGAUGUUGUUUGAUGAUGUAA